GACAUUCACCUGUGCAAGGCGUGUCGCGGAUUUUAAAGAGUUAUCUUUGGCGAUUUACCAUUUAUUGAACUUCAGUGAAAAGUUUCGGUGUUAUUGCUGCUGGUUCGUAACUUUGUUUUGUGAUUAGUUAAGGUGGAUUUAGUAUGUUUGAUGUUCAGCUGUUGCCGUACUAUGGGAGCUGCGGACAAAGGAUGGAAGGUGUACCGAGGAUGCCAAUUCACAUUGUUGUUGAUGAUAGCCGCGUCUGGCCCGCUCCGUGAGGCCUCGUCGCGUGAGCCCAGAGGCUGCAUGUUUGCCUCGCGUGGGCUCUAUCGUCCGCGUAGCCUCUUCGCGAGGCUUCGAUGUGCCCGCGCGCCGCUAUCGUGAAACUAAGUAUUCGGUUGCCUUACAGCGGCGCUGCGGGCAUCGCGUCAGCCCAGCCGCGUGGCACCGUCGCCCGCGCACAGGGGCUUCGCCCUCCGCGACUCGCCGCGCGCGUUCGGAGCCCUAGCUCCUUUCGUUCCGUGCGCGAAACUUCUCGAGGAUGUCCUCCAGACGGAAUGGUUCUGUCUCUAGGGCAGCAGAGGCAGCCUCUAAGAACCGCCUCCACAUGGACAGGAAUCCACAACAUUCUAGGAUUACUGAUCCCCGCUGGUGGUGGGCCGUUCCCGCACGCCGGUGGGCCGCUCCCCGCGCCGCUCCCCCCCUCCCCGCCGUCGCACGCCCCGGAGAACCCCGCCCAGACGCAGCCCGGUGGUGGCACGGCGGCGGUCGCGCAGCCCCCGCCCCCGCGCGCGCCCCCCGCCCCGGCCCCCACGCCCCCCCUCGCCCCCCGACCCCAGGAAGUUUGCUCAGCCAAGAACAAAAAGGCACCGCCGCCACCGUCGAAGGCAGUCAAACCGAGGCCUAGAUCUGGUUCACCUCGUCCACCGCCGCGACCGUCGCGAGCUGUACAACCGACGAGGGAACUGUUGAAGGCGCGGGAAGCCAGCAAGCGGACUAGGGAGGAAAAGGUGUUGGAGUGGCAGCGGUCGCAGCUGGCGGCGCGCGCGGCCCCCGCCCCCGCCCCCGCGCCGGCCCCCGCGCCCGGCCCCCCGCCCGCGCGCAUCAAGCGCGAGGGGGAGCGCCGCCCGCCCGCGCCCGCGCCGGGGCCCGCGGGGGCGGGAGGCGGCAGUGGGGGCGGCGGCGCCAGGGGCGUGUCCCCCGGGGCGAUCGCGGCCGCGCUCAACGACUCCGACUCUAGCGACUCGGCAGACACGUUGACCCUCUCGGAGCGGUUCGGUAAGAUGGCCCAGUGGUCGGCGGAUCGUUCCGCCCGUUUGGAAAACAUGAAGAUAACGCGCCGCGAGGCGACGCUCCACGAACUGCUGGCGGCGGCUCCGGGCGGGCUGCCCUCGUGGGACGACGUGCGCGUCAGAUAUGACUACUACAAGAAGCGCGGGUACCUCAGGGGUCUCACGCUUAGUGACUAUGUGAAAUGGGAAGAAUGGUGGUACAAAUACCAGGAGUGGCUGAAACGGGAACGCGCAUACGAGCGCUGGGCUGAGGGAGAAGUCGGCACUGUAAGUCCGGCGCGAGAGGCGGCGGCGCGGCGGGCGGCACCGGCGCAGCUGAGGGCACGCCGCCCCCGCCGCCGUCCACAGCGUGGACCUGGCCGCGGGGGCGCCGCGCAUGUAAGCGGCACGCCCACCACACACCGCCCACCGCCCACCGGCCACACUAUACUCUCUAUCCAGGGCACGUACUGCGACACGCGCGUGUAUAUACCCGGGUCGCCGACGUUACCGCACGCCUUACCAAAGGACGUCACGCCCACUAUCAUGUACAUGCAACGGAUCUUCUGA